GAAAUAUGACCAUACCUACUGUUUAGUGAUUCUAAUGAGAACUAUUGGUUUUGAACUAGUUAAGCAUGACGAUGACACUCUAAAUAAAUUUUUUAAAUGUUUGGAAAGGUGGAAACGUGAGUGCGAAAUCUUAUAUUUUCUCUCUUUUUAAUCCUUUUUAGAUCUUAAGAUCUUACUAACCUCAUAUACAAAUUCAUUCGAUAAUAAAGUGCAUAAAGAAAAUCUCAUUAGAUAAAUCAGGAGUGGUCGUGGAUUGUGACAAAUCUUGUUAUAUAUAUGUCAAUAAAAAAGAGGGAGAGGAUAACGUGAGUGACUUUGACCUAAUCGGUGGCAAAGAGAAGGAGGAAAACAUUUUGUCUUGUUAGAAGCUAAAAGGUUCUGGUCCCCGGAAAGCUAAGAGGAUCUUAGUUUCCUUAGCUUAUAGAACUCUUUUUCAGACCAUACAAGGGAAUUCAGUUCAUAUUAUUUGUAAUUUCAAAUUGUUUAAUUUUCUCUACCUCAUAAACUUUUUAAAAAUGGUGAUCAUGACAAACUCGGCGAAGCUGAACCGAGCAAUGGGACUCCAUAGGUCAUCAACUUCCAAUAAGCAAAAGGUGCAACCCAUCACGAAAGCAGUAAAGAAUGACGAGAACAGUGUCAAUCUUUCCUUAGCAUCAAUCACCUCAAACCUGCAUGACAUCUCUACCCCUAAUAGACCAAUUUCCUCAGAUUUAGCUUAUAAUUCCUGGGUGGUUGAGCACCCUUCUGCAUUGGGCUCAUUUGAUCAGAUGAUGAAAGCAGCAAAAGGGAAGAGGAUGGUUGUUUUCCUAGACUACGAUGGGACCCUUUCACCAAUUGUUGAUGAUCCUGACCGUGCCUUCAUGUCUGAUGAGAUGCGUGCUGCAGUGCGGGAAGUUGCCAAGUAUUUUCCAACAGCAGUAAUUAGUGGAAGGAGUAGAGAUAAGGUAAAAGGAUUUGUACAGUUAAGUAAUGUAUAUUAUGCUGGAAGCCAUGGGAUGGAUAUAAUGGUCCCACCAAGGCCACUAAAGCCCUGCGAUGGCAAGAACCACACUACAGCCAUGGAUAAAAAUGCGAGUGACGUUCUCUUUCAACCUGCUAAAAGAUUUCUGCCUGCAAUCCAAGAGAUACGAACACUGUUAGAGGAGAUAACCAGGAAAAUAGAAGGUGCUAGGGUAGAGGACAACAGAUUCUGCCUCUCUGUACAUUUCCGCAAGGUCCAGGAUGAGGAUUAUGACAUAUUAGAAGCAAAGGUGAAGUCUGUACUUGAAAACUAUCCUGAAUUUCAUCUCACCUUCGGCAAAAAGGUCUUGGAAGUACGGCCAUCCAUAGAAUGGAACAAAGGUCAUGCCCUAGAAUAUUUACUUGACACUCUUGGAUUCAGCAAUUCCAGUGACGUCCUCCCGUUGUACAUUGGGGAUGAUCGGACUGAUGAAGAUGCUUUCAAGGUGAUACGAAGUAGAGGACUAGGGUUUCCGAUAAUUGUGUCUUCAACCCCAAAGGAUACCAAAGCUUGCUAUUCCCUGCAGGAUCCGUCGGAGGUGUUAACUUUCUUGUUACGGAUUGCAAGGUGGAGAAAAGCGUCUUCUUCGAGCAGGUCACUUGCUCAAAUUUGGGGUCCUGGGAAUUCACCUAGAUCAGUUAAUUAGCUAGAUUUUGUACAUAAGCUUUUAAGAAAUAUUAUUAGGAAAAUUGAGGCCAGUAUUUGUUAUGGCCUUAAUAACCCUACUAUAUAUAGCUAAAUUAUAGGUUCGUAAGUAGAAGAAAAUGAAGCCACAGAGUUUCACUGUUAUGUUUUAGUCUGUUUCGGUGAAACUCCCGCCCAUCCCCAUGCCUAUAUUAUACAUAUAUGUAUGUAUGUAUAUGUAUGUAUGUGUGAAUGUCUGUAAUUUCCAGCUUUUUUGGAAAUGUGCUUUCAGGUGUGUGCUAUAUUCAUGAAUAUCUUGCAUGUACUAUGUUAA